AUGCCUUCUGCUGAUAGGCACUCAACGUCGGAGAGGAGGACAUCAACAAGGAGAUCAAGACGGGUGUCGGCAGAAAAUGCGCUCGGCGAUGAUGAGUACGAUUUGGCAACGAACGCUGUGUCUGACGGGUUCCGCCCGGCAGCCAACAACCCACCAAAUGUACCGAGUCUGAACUCGUCUCCAUUACCGCUGCCAAAUCGAAUUCAUUUGCCCAAUCUUCCUCGGUCACCUCCACCCGUCGCGCCCAGUCCAAUGAAGGGUUUCACCGAUUUCAAUCGACCGUCAAGCACGUCCAAACCCCCACGCUUUCACGAUUCCUUGACCCUUCGAAAUGACGGGCUGGAGUCCGCUCGUGUAGGACAAUCAUCUUCGUCGAGCAGCCUCGUGCAAGGCGAUCUUCUAUAUCAGGGCUCCACGCCGCCGUCUCAUCCCUAUCAAAUGUAUCCCCAGAGGACGUACAGUAAUGCUACCUCCUCUACCGGCCCUUCAGAGACACUCGAUGGAACCCGGGGUCCUGCUCACCCAUACGCUCUGUACACCCAAAGCACUACUACUCUCGAGGACGCAACCCAGCAGCGCAUCCCCGUAGGUUUCAAUGGAAUGGGAAACGGCUACCGCAGGCAGAUUGGGCCUGAUGGUGAGGAUGCGGGUGAUUUAAUCGGGCCGCUCGGUCACAUGGAAGAGCUUCCACCAUAUUCACGCUAUCCUGAAGAACCCCUCCAACAUAAACCAUCAGCUGAUUGCGAGAACAAUGUAGCAGCUGCCAAUGCUACCGAUGGGGCUGGUGCUAGAAUAAUUGGAUCAACAACUUCAACCCCGGUUCAGCCUAUUCCAGGUGCUGGAGGAAUUGGUCUUGCGACUCGGAACCCCGAGUUCUCCUCCACAGAAGAUCUGGCUGCUCGGGAUUUUGCAGAAAAGCGAAGCCCGAGCAAGUGGCAACGGAGGGCGAAAAAGAAGCUGUGGGGCGUUGUGCCAUACUGGACAAUAUGUCUAUUACUCGCUGGAAUUGUUAUCAUGGGAGUGGUGAUGGGUACUGUAGUUGGGACUAUUGUGACCAGACACAAUACCUCUCCGAAGGGUAAAGGACAAUCCGGUAAGAAUCAACCGAACACGGAUAAUGUUGUACCCCUGCCGCAUCUGCCACAGGGUUUGCCUCCCCUGGCAACAGGUUGUUUUUCCCUUCCGCCAAUGGACAAAUAUAACGUACCAAAGGCUUGUAUAAAGGAUUUGGAGCAGAAUCCCGCUUGGAAUUGUGAUAUGCCUUUUCGCUGGUACUCGAUGAACGUUACCGAACUUGCUGGUGCCACGGAUGUCUCCAACUAUGCCAUGAAACUCAGGCCAUUUGAUCCCAAGGCCUCUAAAUUCAUCUACGGAACCCAGCCCCCGAACGUUCCUGAAUUCGAGCCUAUGCGACUGGUAAAGGACACAGAUGAAGUCAACCGAGGUCCGGCUUGGUAUCUUGAAGUGAAAUGCAACAAGACGGUCAUGGUCCGGGAAGAUCAGCUUAUACUUCCAAGUCAGUCGGGUCCUCAGCGCCGUUGGAAUGACAUAAAAGGUCCAUUCCCUGUCCUGGAUAACUCUCGCUUCUCGAGGAAGGGACUUGCCGCCACGGAAGGCGACAAGCCAUGGAUUUGCACUUGGCCAAACGUUACACUUCAAGUCUUCGUUUACCCGAACCAGACAUUCAUACCACCGAAAACUACCUCAACGCCCAGUCCGAGCCCUUCGAUGCCCAGCCCGUUCUCUCCUGCCGUACCAACACAAACACCGGAUGAGCCACCAUCGCCCAAAUUCAAGGAACCAUAUCCCAAGCUAGUCAAAUUUGUGGAGAGACGCUCAUACAACAACGGCGACUACGCCCCAGCAACGUGUACGCAGUACAGAAUCACCCAUGAUGGUGAGGAUAAAGAACCUGUUCUUCAGGAUGGAAUGCCUGUAGCCUUCAUAGUCGAAGAAGUGGGCAAAUCUGCUAAGGGGACUAUCACGCAGCAUUUCAGUGACCUAAUUCCUAGGGAUAUAUCUUCCCUAGAGGAUGGCUUUGGUGGAUGCAUUAAGGGCGUUUGUAUUUUGCGUUGGGGACUGGACUUUUUGCUACGCUUAUUGCGAUUAGUUGCUACGAGAUGGGGUGUGGGCGGAUCUAUCCAUGUUGUUGAAAUGCUUGAUGGAACUGGACGAUACGAGAGCGCUGUGGCCAAUUAUGGCAGGGGACAAAGGAAGCGACAAUGA